CUGGGGCAGAAAUACUUGUUGGUACAUGGGUGCCUGCACUGAACAUAUUUGAGACAAGCUUAAGGUGUGACAAAUUUGAUAAGUCACGGAAGUAUGCCUUCCUCUAUUAUCAGGAGCAUACAUGGUUGGAUUUAUUUAUUUUUCUCUUUCAUGUUCAGUAGUAAUCUUUCUCAUAUUGUAUUUACAUAUUGCCAAAUGGCUCACUGAUGGAUAUUGUCAAAGUAUAUCCUCUUGAUGCCGUUUGCGAUACACCUGAUGAUGUUCCUGAAGAUGUCAAGACAAACAAACGCUAUGCUGGAUUCUCAAAUUGGACUGUUAAGGAAAUGGCAGAGGCUGUGACGAAAGAUUUUGGAAGGAUUGACAUCCUCGUGCAUUCUCUUGCCAAUGGACUAGAGGUAACGAAGCCACUCUUGGAGACAUCUAGAAGAGGGUAUCUUGCUACAAUUUCAGCUUCGAGUUACUCUUUUGUCUCCCUGCUUCGGUACUUUCUUCCAAUAAUGAAUCCAGGCGGUGCUUCAAUAUCUUUGACAUACAUAGCUUCCGAAAGGGCAAUCCCAGGAUACGGAGGUGGAAUGAGAUAAGCAAAAGCUGCAUUGGAGUGCGAUACAAAAGUGCUGGCUUUUGAACUGCACUUGCUUGCCACAAAGCAUCAGAUGUUUCAUCUGAUUCCAACACCUCAAAGAUUCUAGGAUACACUUGGAGGAAUGAUAGCUUGACCUUAUCAUCUGGUACCCUCAAGAGUACUGGGAAGAAUGCCGACAAACUAAAAAAAUGGAGAGAC